CCAACACUCAUAGCCACUUGAUGUCGAUAUGGAGGCACCGAGGGAGGCAGCCCCCCAAUCUAGUGUCGUGCGUAGUAGACACCCUCGUGGCUUGACACGCGGGUUGAAGGUUCAAGCAAUGGUUCAAAAAGAUGGAAAGCUCAAAGUUCCCAUACCACAGGAGUAUCGUGCACCAGUGGGGGAUCAUGCCUCUCAAUUAGUCUCCAAAAUUGGUGUUGAGGUCCGAACACACUUGCCAGACUUUAGCAUUCGCAGGUGGAAACAUGUCAACGAAGAAGUUACGGCACCUAUGUUUCAGCGUCUAACGGAUCAAUUUGACAUGGAAGGUAACUCCACAAAUGUUAGCAAAGUGGUGGCAACAAAGUGUGGACGGAGCUUGAGCAGCCACACCUACAGACUACGAAAAAAAUACCUGAACCUUAAAAGUGCUAAGGGAGAGGAGUAUGCUAGAAGCCACCCACUGCCUGAAUGUGACCUCGAGAAAUGGAAAAACUUGAUUGACAAGAAGUGGAAUGAUUCCAAUUGGCUGGUAAACUUUUCUUAUGUUUAUUUGGGAAGUUAUUUUAUGUGA